CUUACAUAUCACGGUCUGCCAUCUCCAACUUUCUAAUUAGGAUACAUACUUUUAGUGCUUGAGACUUUUUCAUCUGAAUCUCAGGCGCUGGGACUUGCUGCCUGUCUGAGAAGCCUGACCUCACGCGUCUUCAGAUCCAAUAUUGUACCAGCUGCAUUCAAUAUUAGUCGACGUUUUCUGGGCUCGAUUCGGUUGUGGCCAGUGUCAGGCCAAUGCUUUGUAGUUUGGGACCCACCUCCCGCUUUCAGUGUUGCUUUCCUCCUAGCAUCAGCUCCCCUAUCAAUGGCUGCGGCCUCCGAGCCACAGCUUGUGGACCUGCAAGUCUUGUUGCGUUGGGAUGAAGGUUGGAAGAUGCAACAUCCAUCAAAGAGAAGGCUAGGUCUGGUUGAUCUGGCGAGCCCCUCAGACAGGCUGCAUCGUUUGGAGGCCGUAGCCUUCUGGCGGCUUUUGCAGCGUGCUGGGGGUGGGGAAGUUCUGGAGGAAAAGGAGGUCAAGAUUCGAGAAGACAUUGCCGAACACAUCCUUGGCCUGAAAGAGGAGUGUCUAGGCAAUUGGCAGUGCUCGGAACAAUGCAACAUCAGGCAGUAUUUGAGCUGGCCAGAAAAGGUGCCUUUGAAUGACCCAGAGUCCUUCAAAAAGCUGGGGGAACGAGGGAAUGUCCUGAGAGUACGCUUCAUCCGGUCUGUUUUUGAGCAAGAGGCAAUUCUGGGCAAUGCCGGUCCCCCAAUGUACCCACUGCAGGAGAUUAUACGGGACGGAAAGGGCCUGCAAAUCUUUGCCGCGGGUCUACUGACACAGAACCCGAUUGUCGCUGGCCAAGGGGUUAAUGCAUUGCCAGCGAUGGGCCACGCUGAACGUGUCAGCGAACGAGCUCCCGUACGUAGUGAAGGCUGUUCCAUUUCCGAGGGGAAUGUUGCUAGGUACUUAAGAGGCAGCUCUGCAUAUCCAACCAUGUCGAACCUCCUUCAGUCGGCACCGGAUAAAGCACCAAAUUUGAUACCAGAAGACGGAGCAAACGACGUCAACAUGACAACACCCGGCGUGGUUGCUACCAGUAACUCUGAGCAACGUGACAGUGAGCAGGAGGCCCCGCAACAGCAACCAGAUGUAGCCCUCAGGUUGGAAGCUCCGACUUUUGCAGGGUUGGGUGGCCCUUCCCAGAAGAGGAGGAGAUCGGAGGAGGAGGCUAUGGAGGUGGAGUCCAGAUUGGAGAAUGGUGGCAUGGAGCUUGAGGCAGGAGGCCGAAAUCUGGGCAGGAGUCCGCCUGCUGAAAGUGUCAGCAGUGUGCUGCAGCCAGGGCUCCCCAGGAUGCUUUCGAGCGGGGCAGAGUGUGCUAUAAGGCCUCCAAGUCCGCUGUUAACCCUCUACCCUCAAGUGGAUAGGCACAUUGUUGAGAAGGCGGUCCGGAGGGCUUUGGAGCGGCGAGUUUCCGACGACCCCAAAGACGUCAUUCUCAAACACUUCAAUCGCUUUGGCGAGAGGGGACCUGGCGGGGCCAACAAAGAACUGCAGCGCAUUCUUCUGAGCAGGGACUUCGCAAAGGUGAUUUGUAAGAACGAUUCACGAGAAACGGAGGAUCAGAUUGUAGACCUCCUCUGGGACUGCAGAGACAAGUCUGACAAGCUGGACAACACGGCCGACCUGUUGGAAGGUUACAAGCCGGCUGACUGCAACAGGGAUGCUAAGGCCCGCGUUUAUAGAAUAGCGCUGGGUGUGCUUGAUGCUUUUCACCGGCCGCUCCUGGAUCUGAACACUGCAGUGGCCCAGCUUGACGGCGAUGGGGGUUCUGAGCUGGACCCGUGGGAAGCCAGUGUGUUUGACCACGGAGGACUGGAUUUUGAAUAAGACGAUACCCAAGAGCUGGGGCACUUUCUCAUGGGGGCUAGCCCGGGGGGGGACGCCGGGGGAACCAGCGGGGGAGGGGAGAAUUAAGGGGGAGCCGGGGGACCCGGGGGACCCAGCGGGGAAGCCCUGUGGUGGGGGAACCAGCUGGCCAAUUAUUAGCUCCCAUUCGGAAUGGGCAUGGAGUCAGCCCCCGGUUCGAAUAGGCAUGGGGCCGGCUGCGGCAUAUCCUCGAAGCGCUGGGUAUCAAAUCCAGCUUAUCACUCUGUUGCGAGGCUGCGCGAACAGCGACUUGAGUAGACAGCUUUGCAUCGAGUGAUCACGUUCAUACGGCCGUGAUCGUGGUCAAGCUCGUCAGAAAAGCUGUUUGAUUUCAGGAUUGGCAGCGGAACGCACUGGACUUGCAAUAUCAGGCUGUGUAUAUGUAUUGCGCAUG